UGCGACACCCGUACAGCGGCUGGGGACUUGGUAGGAAGAGAUGGCUGCAAGGCGGGCCGUCCGUGGUCCCUUGGGAUUGGGCUCCUGGCGGCUGGGCGGGAUUCCGGCUGUGAUAUAAGAGAGCCGAGAGCCACUGUCCCAGCUGCAGCGCUGAAGGUGGAGCUGUGAAAGGGAGGUCAUCAGCUGUGCUCUUGCAAUCAGACCCAGCGAGACUGAAGAAGACAAGGUCUAAUUUCUAUAUAUUCAUGUAUUUAGUUUUGAUAACUGGAAGGCAGGGUGGAUAUGAAGAUGCGCCAAAGGCUCGUGCUGACCCGGAGCCCUAGACGUUUGGGAUCUAGAACUAGAGGAUCUAGAAUCUAGGAUUUCAGAGGAUCUAGGGAGGGAUCCACUGGACUCCAGGCGCCCAAACUCAACUGUUUUUUCUCUGUGUUGCAGGCACGCUGCUUCCAUCCGCCACGCUCAACCCCAGGCUACGAGGAUGAGGCUCCUCAGUCGACUCCGCUCCUCCGCUCCUGAGCCCGCCUUCUCCAACGUGCUCACCCCGGGCCGCAUCCCUGAGUUCUGCAUCCCCCCGCGGCUGCCGGUCCCCGGCGUGGCCGAGUCGCCGCACCCGGCCGCCGCACUGCCUUGGCGCUGCGCGGCCGAACCCGACCUGUGGCCGCGCACCCCAACCGACCACGACGAUAAUGAGUACGACCACGCGGGGCGCACCGACUGGGACCCGCGCUCACAAGCCGCGCUCUCGCUGCCGCACCUGCCCCGCGCACGCACCGCCUACGGCUUCUGCGCGCUGCUCGAGAGCCCGCACACGCGCCGAAAGGAGUCGCUCUUCCUCGGCCACCCAGGAGUUCCCCGGCCCGGACUUCGCCGCCGCGCGCACACCUACGCGGGCCCGCGGCCAGCCUCGGACUCUGCGCGCGCCGCCCCGAUUGAUCUGGACACUGCCCCGCCACCUGCUCCUGUGCCCCGCGUGCGUCGCCUCCUGCGCGCCUCGGAUGGGCUGCUGAGCCGCGCGCUGCGGUCCCCUCGAGGUCGGGCUAGUGCGCGCCCCGCGCCCACUGGAGACAAACAGGAGAGCGCCGCCUCCUGCGCGCCCCCGGACCCCACCGGCCCGGAUCCCAAGCGCCUGCAAGCCGAGGCCAGCGUGGCUCUGGGCCGCGGGGAUUGCACGCUGCGCCUGGCCGCCGAGUACUGUCCGCGCAGCGCGUGUCUCCGCCUCCGCCUGCUGCGCGCUGAGGGUCCGGCCGCCACGCUCGAACCACGAGCCCUGGGCUGCCGCCUCAGCCUGGUGCUGCGGCCGUCGGGCCAGCAGCGCGCCAGCGUUUUCCGCCGCAGCCGCAAGGCCGCCCUGGACCAGGACUGCUGCUUCGAUGGGCUCUCGGAGGAGCAGCUGCGCCGCCUGGCUGUGCGCAUCAAGGCUGAGAGCAAGGGCCGCGGGCUGGAGCGUGGAAGGCCGCUGGGCCAGGGUGAGCUGCUGCUGGGAUCGCUGCUGCUGCUCUGA